GUUUCUAGCAGAGGAAGUGGCAGCCGGUUUAGCAACUGUGCUUCUCGAUAGCAUGGGCUCCUGUGCACCGGCGGGAGGCUCACUCUGCCACGGAAGUAGCAGCUGAUGGAGCGGUGGUAACAGUGCUCCUGACGGUCCCUCCUCUGCGACUCCCAGGGGAGAGCGUGCCCAGCUGUUGAAGAGGGCUCGGCGCGUGGCUGACUCCCCGUGUGGAUCCCCUGUGCCGUUGGCUUCGAGCGGCUUCGACAGCCCGGGGAGAGAAGAAAAUGGGAAACAGCAUGCGAUCCACCCCGGCGCCCCCCGAGAGGCCUCUGCCCAGCUCAGAGGAACUGGAUAGUGACUUUCUGGCUGUGCUAAGCGACUACCCAUCUCCUGACAUCAGUCCCCCCAUAUUCCGCCGUGGGGAGAAACUGCGCGUGAUUUCUGAUGAAGGGGGCUGGUGGAAAGCCAUCUCUCUUAGCACCGGUCGAGAAAGUUACAUUCCUGGAAUAUGCGUGGCCAGAGUUUACCAUGGCUGGCUGUUUGAAGGGCUGGGCAGAGACAAGGCUGAGGAGCUGCUGCAGCUCCCGGACACGAAGAUCGGCUCCUUCAUGAUCAGAGAGAGUGAGACCAAGAAAGGUUUUUACUCGCUCUCGGUGAGACACCGGCAAGUGAAGCAUUACCGAAUCUUCCGUCUGCCAAACAACUGGUAUUACAUUUCCCCGAGGCUCACCUUCCAGUGCUUGGAGGACCUGGUGAAUCACUAUUCCGAGGUGGCCGACGGCCUCUGCUGUGUGCUGACCACCCCCUGCCUCACUCAGACGGCGGCAGCCCCAGCAACGAGGGCCUCCGACUCACCCGUCACCCUGCGCCAGAAGACCUUUGACUGGAGAAGGGCGAUCAGCAGACAGCAAGAGGACCCGGAGGGGGCAGAGAACCCAGUCGGUGUGGAUGAGUCCCUUUUCAGCUACGGCCUUCGGGAAAGCAUCGCCUCAUACUUGUCCCUGACGGGAGAUGACAGCGCCUCCUUCGACCGGAAGAAGAAAAGCAUGUCUCUGAUGUACAGUGGGAGCAAAAGGAAGAGCUCUUUCUUCUCGUCACCACCAUACUUUGAAGAUUAACUGGAGAACAGACACCACGGUGUUUGCCCAAAAUAACAGAGGUUAUGACUGUCACCUGCCAUCCUGCACAGAGGCACGUGGUCCCUGGGGAAACUCAUGUCUUCCAGAAGCCAAGAGAAGCCACGUGAAGAACUGAACUCUUGUCUUCUGCAUCCAUAUCAUGACAAAGGGGACCCCUCUCUGGUGUCUGAUCAGGCACACUGCAAAAUGUUGACUCCUGGCAUCUUCAUGUGAGGGGGUUGGAAGAGCCGUGUGUGUGUGUGUGUGUGUGUGUGUGUAUGUAUGUGCACGCUAUGUCUGUGCAAAAGACAAAGAUGCUCUCUCAGAAGAAAGUGCACUGGUACCCUCUCCAGCAUACCACGCAGCUGGGCUCCCACUGAGGCCACUAGAGAAAACUUCUGAAUGAGAAAAGCCUGAGAAGAAAACGAGCCAGAAGCUACAGCCUGGCAGACAAUCUGGGUUUGCAAAUCGAUCCCCUGCACUGAACUUUUGAAACCCAUCUGUAAAGAGACCUCUGGGCUGCAGCUCCUCUCUUUCUAAGGGAGCUCAGUGGCACUAAACGCUAACCUUCCUUAUAAACCCCCAGUCGGAAGAUCCCUUUGGGCUUCUAGCUCCAAAACUACAUGUGUAGAAGUCAGGUGACUUCCCAACUUAUGCAGAGACCAGGAGAAAUGGGAGAGGAGGAGGCUGCCCAUGGGGAAAGCACCAGGGCAGGCCUGGAACUGAGCGAGAUUUUGCGACGUCACCAGCCACGGCUCACAGCACAGAAAGGGCUUCUCUGGGAUGCUGAGGUUCUUGCCUCUAUUCAUGCAUCCGGUAUUCAUUCGUGAUUACCAGAAGAGGCACCGUGUUAAGACCUGUGUAGGUAUCAGGUAUCAGGCCCAGCAGUAUAGACAGGAAGUAAAUAUUUGUUAUAGACAAAUAUUGUGGAAGUGCUAUGCUGUACUAAGUCACUCAGUCAUGUCCGACUCUUUGUGACCCCAUGGACUGUUGCCUGCCAGGUUCCUCUGUCCAUGGGAUUCUCCAGGCAAGAAUACUGGAGUGGGUUGCCAUGUCCUCCUGGGACUGGGUGACCCAGGAGUUCAUGUCUCAGCUGGAUCCUUAAGUAAUGGAAGGGUUGGCUGGACUGGAUAAGUGAGAAUGGUUGGAUUUUUUGAAAAAAAAGGAACUUAGUUAAGUUCUAAAGAAAUCAUCCAUCCAGUAUCUUCUUUUAAAAAGAGUCUGUCAGCCACAUGAAUAAAAAUGCUAAGCUCCAGAAAAGAGGGGAACCAGAGUGGCUUAAUUCUGUCAAACAGAAUUUUAAGAGAUGAGAGAGAAAACACCACAAAUUUCUGGAGAAGGAGAAGCAAUUCUCUCCGGAUCCUGUUAGGAAGGGGUUGCAGUUGCCUCUAGGACCUGUUUCCCCGCCAUUGCAAAGGGGUUCCGGGAGAGGAGGGCUGUUGCUGAUAGGAAAAGUCUGUCUGUUCAGCAUACACAUUCCAGCCAUCUGAGAUCACUGCCCUGGUGGUGUGUGCACAUACGUUUACACGAUUUUCUGUAUCAUCGGAUUCCAGCGUGUUUAUCCAAGAGGACGUUUGUGGUUUCCUCAACACUCCCCACAGGCUGUUUCUAAAGGGCUGGCCGAUGUAUGGGAAAUGAAUGUAACUCUGGGGACGCCAACUCCCCCCCUCGCCAACGGCAGAUGUGUGUGCUGCGUCUUCUGUACUGUUUUCCGUUGUGACCAACGACAUGGUUGGGACAUUUGGGGAGGACUCGGUGUGGGGGGGAGCAGGUUUUAAAUGGGAAGCAUUACAUUUUGCUAAAUCAUGUAUUUAUUCCUGAUUAAAAUAAGCCUAAUAAAUAUUUAAUUCUCGGGGA